GUAGAAUUGAUUGCAGACCUAUUACACCACCAUCUCUAGGAGUACCAAGAUGGUCGCGCUCGGAUUUGAGUAGCAAGCUGUCCAAAUGCCAGCGCAUGCACAGUCAGUAUGGAAUGAUUUGUUCCGCUUCGGCCGCCGUACACCACACUUGGCGAGCAUGCGGGCGUACGGUGUCCGGCGAGGGACAUAGCGCACGCGUUGGGAACCUGCAUGUCAUGGCUUCGCGGCUCGGGAAACGGGCGGCAGCGGGAGAGGACGAACAGCCUCCCCUACAGGCCGUGCUAAUCGCUGACAGCUUCAACCGGAGAUUUUUCCCCAUCACCAAGGACCGCCCUCGGGUAAACUUACUAAACAGAGCACGGCUUAGACUGGCAGCAAUGGGAGGGCGCUUAACAUGGGAAAUGACAGCUGUAGUAUGGAAACCCCAGUGCCACCAUAUGCAAUGGCUCCCUCCCCCCCCUCCAUGCCAGCCCAAUGACCCCCUCCAUGCCAGCCCAAUGACCCCCUCCAUGCCAGCCCAAUGACCCCCUCCAUGCCAGCCCAGUGACCCUCCAGCCCAAUGACCCUCCAUGCCUCUCCCAAUGACCCUCCAUGCCAGCUCAAUGACCCUUCAUGCCAGCCCAGUGACCCCUCCAUGCCAGCCCAGUGACCCCUCCAGCCCAAUGACCCUCCAUGCCAGCCCAGUGACCCAUGCCGGUCCAAUGACCCCCCUCCAUGCCUGCCCAGUGACCCCGCCGGCCCAGUGACCCCUCCAUGCCGGCCCAGGGACCCCUCCAGCCCAAUGACCCCCCUCCAUGCCAGCCCAAUGACCCCCCUCCAUGCCAGCCCAAUGAGGGCAUUUACAAUGAGUUGCUGCAUGGCUUCAAUGGGCUGUCUCAGGUUGUGCGCAGCAAGCUGCAGACUUACAGCAAUGUCUUCCUGGCACACGUACAUCUAGUACUAGCAAGGUGCUAACUGGGGGAUGAAAUGCUUUAUGGAAAUCACAUGUCACGUAAGCAAAUUGCGGGAUGUGUAGUCAUGAGCCCAGUAUACAGGAUCAAAGAAACACAGACACAAUAAAACACUGACAUACAAAAUGAAGUCCUGCACUAAAAACUCCCACUACUCCUGGGCAGCAGCAAUGACUUAAGUACACAUCAGCCCAAUUUCAACCAAAGAAAAAGAUAGUUGCUCACUAUCCCAGAUUCCCACCACACCCAAAUUACUGGAAACCAUUAUUUCUUUCCAGAAUUUAAAUACAUUAAAUAGAGCAAUAAAUAACAGUUUGACCUUUUUAUAAUAAAAAAAAAUAUUUAAAAAUUAUUUUAUACGUUUACAGGCAGCCUUAUUUUAAAAUUUGCAUAAUCCGUCAAUAGCCAGAGCAUGUCUUUUAUACCAUCCAUUGCCAUAGCUUAAAGCAACAUUCUGGAUCACCAUGACUAUGGAAAAUUGGGCAGACUAGAUGGGCCGAAUGGUUCUUAUCUGCCUUCACAUUCUAUGUUUCUAUGUCAUCUCAAUGAAAUGGUUGUGGUGCCUAGAAUUUGCUUCCGCCAUCUUGCCUUCUAACACAGGAGAUGUGUCUCCAGACUGCUGCAUCUUCUCCUGUGCUCGGAAUAAUGCAGAAGUGUUAGUGAGCUGUGAAGGGUAGGCUGUGACCGGUUGAGAACGCAGGCUAUCAUUGGCCAUCCAACAUGAGUAAAUGUAAGUACAUUUUCAAACAUGCUCAAGAUGGGGAGUCCGUGAUUAGACUGUGAGUGUCACUGCUCGAGAUAAUGCUUUCACGAUAGCCAGAGCACAAGAGGAGAAGCAGCAGGUUACAGGUUUAGCAUACCCCUUCUUGAAAAGGAACUGACACUGUAAAUAUUCUAUCUGCAGGCACUUCUACCAUUAGCUAAUGUGGCUCUGAUAGAUUACACUCUUGAAUUUCUUACUGCAACUGGCGUUAAAGAAACAUUUGUGUUCUGCUGCUGGUUGGCAAAUGAAAUAAAAGAACAUUUGAGGUAAGCAAUUUUGUUGGGAAAUGAUGGAUAAGAUUAUAUACAAGUAAAAUAAGUAAUGCUAUGCAAUUAUGGAUGUUUACUACUGCAUUUGUAUAUUCCAAAUAACUGUUCGACAUCCCACCCUCUUUUCCUUCUGUAAACCCCACCUUUUACUUGUUAAAAUUGAAAAACUGAAUAAAUAAAUAAAGAUUGUCAAAAAAAAAAAAGAUUAUAUACAAGUAUGGAGUAUGGUUACAGUUUCAACUUCAUUGUACAUAUUCCUAAAAUGCUCCCAGCUUGGUAUAAAUCUAGACUUUCACUCCUUUUGAUGUACAGGAAUUCCAAGUGGUGUCGAUCUACAAGUCCCAAUGUAGUCCGUGUGGUGACAUCUGAACUUUACCGGUCUCUUGGAGACGUCUUGAGAGAUGUUGAUGCCAAAUCCUUAUUGAGAUCAGACUUCAUUCUAGUCACUGGGGAUGUGGUCUCCAAUAUCAACAUUGAAGCAGCUCUGGAGGCACAUAGGUAUAAAAGGGAAUCUUGUGUGUUUAUGAAAAUUGUUUUGGGAAUUAAGGUGAUGUUAAAAUGCAUUUUAUUUAUUUAUUUUCAAUUUAAUCACUAAAGACCUAUUGUUUUUAAUUCAUACAUUAUACCCCACACUUUUGUAGGACACGCCGAAAGCUGGAGAAGAAUGUGUCUGUGAUGACCAUGAUUCUCAAGGAGUCUUCCCCACGUCAUCGCACAAGGUGCCAGGAGGACGAUGUCAUCAUUGCCAUGGAUAGCAAAACAAAAAGAGUACUUCUCUUUCAGAAGAGCCAGGAUCUAAAGCGGUUCCAUUUCCCAAUGGUAAGUGGAUCUUAUGUUCGUUAUUAGUAUAACAUAAGUAUAUUAGUUAAAGAAACACUAUAGUGAUUAGAAUUACAACCACUACAGCUUACUGUGGUGUUUCUUGGGUAUAUAGCCUGUCCCUGCAGGCAGAGAAAAGACAAUGUUUACAUUUCUGCCAAAAUUCACCUUUUAGCGGCUGUCACUUGGACAGCCACUAGAGGGACUUCCUCGAUGAGGUCCUGCAAUCUUUGCAAGACCUACAUUUAGCAUGUAGAUGCUGAACAUUCUCCUUAGAGAUGCAAUGCUUCAGUGCAACUCUAUGAGGAGAUGCUGAUUGGUGCAGUGCACUAGCCUCCCAAUGUUUCCCCAUGGGGAAGCAUUGGAUUGGCUGAGAUCAUCAAGGUUGAUGAUAUCAGCCAAGGAGGUGGGACAGCAGCACAGAGGCCAGCAUAGCAAGGGCCAGAAGGUAAAUUAAUCUAAAAUAGAAUUUUUAAUGCACAUGGUUUUGGGCUAGAAACCUAAAUAGUUAGCAGAACACUAUGGCAUUAGGGAUACAUGUUUGUAUUCCUAACUCUACAAUGUUAUUUUAAUUAAUCUUCUCUAAUGGCUACUCUUUGGUAGGUAAUAGCAUUACAAGAGUAGUAUGAAGUAUAUUAAUAGGUCUGUCAACUACAACCUUUAAUCACUCCCAUAAAUUUUUUUUAGCACAUUGCGAUCUGCUGCUGUUUCUUCGUAACAUUUUUUAAUAACGUAAUUUUCUGUAUUCUCUUUCAAGUUUGGCAUGUCUUAGAAUUGGGUUAUUCUGCUUAUGCCAGCAAGGGGGAAUAGGACAACAAAUGCAAUAUCCAAUGUUUAGUUUCCAUUAACGUGUUCUCACAGGCAUUGUUUUUUUUUUUUGUUUUUUUUUUUGUACAGUCAUUCAACCCAGAAUUUGUAGUUCUUUGUGUAUUUAUAUGAUUUAUGUCUAAUAGGAAACAUUAGAUUUAAAUACAUAACUGCCGAAAUAGCAUUGGUCCUAUAUACAAAACAAUUUACUCCAUUAACUCAUCUAUUUGGUUAUCUAGCCUUAGCUAGUGAUACCAUCAAAAAGAAAAAUAAUCAUGUGCUAGUAUUUUAAUCAGGCCUACUUUUACUAUGUCUUUCUUUUUAAAGAGCAUAUUCCAGAGUAAGACUGAUGAAGUGGAACUACGGCAUGAUUUGCUGGAUUGCCAUAUCAGUAUCUGUUCUCCCCAGGUGAGUAAUGGGAGAUGUGUUGUGCUAUUUUAUUAUUUCACCACCCAUAAAUAGGGUUUCUGGUUUAUCUCUGUUUUCUUUCAGAUUUAACAGUCUGAUUUCAAAGGUAUAAUACAAAAAAAGAAAAUGUUUAUUCAUUAACUUGUUUAUUAACCCCUUAAGGACGGAGCCAAAUGUACACGUUGUGAACAAAACAAAAUGUAAACAAAACCUGGCAUUUGCGCUACAUGUCUGUCCAACCGUAAUUCAACUCUUUCAUAGUAAAUGCACCCACCCUUAUUAUAUAUCAUCUUAUUCAGGGGAAACAGGGCUUUCAUUUAAUAUCAAAUAUUAAGCUAUGAAACAUAAUUUAAUCUGAAAAAAAUGGGAGAAAAUAAGAUUUUUUUUAGUUCUACAUGACAUUUUAACUGUCAAUGUCAUAAUACUGUUUGCUUUUACUGCAAUAAAAUACACAUAUUGGUAUUCAGUAAAGUCUCACGUGUAAGACAGUACCCCCUAUGUACAGGUUUUAUGGCGUUUUGGGAAGUUACAGGGUCAAAUAUAGCACGUUACAUUUGAAAUUGAAAUUCGCCAGAUUGGUUACGUUGCCUUUGAGACUAUAUAGUAGCCCAGGAAUGAAAUUUACACCCAUAAUGGCAUACCAUUUGCAAUAGUAGACAACCCAAGGUAUUGCAAAUGGGGUAUGUCCAGUCUUUUUUAGUAGCCAUUUGGUCACAAACACUGGCCAAAGUUAGCGUUAGUAUAUGUUUGUGUGUGAAAAAUGCAAAAAACGCCAAUUUUGGCCAGUGUUUGUGACUAAGUGGCUACUAAAAAAGACUGGACAUACCCUGUUUGCAAUACCUUGGGUUGUCUACUAUUGCAAAUGGUAUGCCAUCAUAAUGGUAAUUUUCAUUCUUGGGCUACCAUAGGGUCUCAAAGGCAACGUAACCAAUCUGGCGAAUUAUAAUGUGAAAAAAAUUAAACGCAAGCCUUAUAUUUGACGCUGUAACUUUUGAAAACACCAUAAAACCUGUACAUGAGGGGUACUGUUGUACUCGGAAGACUUAGCUGAACACAAAUAUUUGUGUUUCAAAACAGUAAAAAGUAUCGCAGCAAUAAUAUCGUCUGUGUAAGUGCUGUUUGUGCGUGAAAAAUUCAAAAAACGUCACUUUUACUGGCGAUAUCAUCGUUGUAAUACAUUUUACUGUUUUGAAACACUAAUAUUUGUGUUCAGCGAAGUGUCCCGAGUAGAACAGUACCCCCAUGUACAGGUUUUAUGGUGUCUUGGAAAGUUAUAGGGUUAAAUAUAGUGCUAGCAAAUUAAAUUCCCUUUACUUUUGGCAUGGGUUGUCAGGCAGGUCCUGCUAAUUGUAAUUAAUUAAGAUACCUAAUUAUGUAAAAAUAUUACAUAAAUAUAUAUGUAGAAUUAAUAUAUGUGUGUAUAUAUAUAUAUAUAUAUAUAUAUAUAUAUAUAUAUAUAUAUAUAUAUAUAUAUAUAUACAUACAUACACACAAUAAAGAAUAAAGGGAGCACACUAGGACUACUUCUGAGUGGCAAAAAAUGGUAUUUACUGUAUUAUGAAAUAAUACAUGUCCUGUGCAGAAUACAGAAAAUCGACGUUUCGACCCUCCUGGGGUCUUUAUCAAGAUCACAGUGAUACAUUACUAUCUACAACAAUAUAUACAUGUAGGUGAAAUAAAGCUUACCAAUGAGAUGAUCAGACAGCCGGCGGGCUGAGGAACCCGGAAGUGAGAGACCCACGUGAGAGCGUGCAUGUGACGUGCGUGAACGUGCAUGUGACUGGGUUGCCGAGCAACCUUAGAAACAAAGCAUCAACUCCAUUCACACUGAGAAUUAGAAUCAAAGAGAUGCAUGCUAGUUAUGGAGGAAAUACUAACUAUGAUCACCAAGAUAGAAUCGAUCUGAUAGUGAACUAAGUAUAGUGAAAGUGAACGAAAAAUCUAUAAGUGUAAAAAAAUGUGAACAAAAUGUGACAUGUACAGAACAGAUCGAUAAAUCUCUGAGGUGUGGUACAACUAACUUUAAGCAAAGCUAUAUAUCUUAUAAUAAUAUAUAUCCAAUAGUUAUAUAUAAUACUAUUGGGGAAUAAAGAGAUAAUAUAUAAAUCUAUAUGGUAAACCUUGUAAUUAAAGGAGGAGCAUCAUAACUAAUAAUAUCAAUUAACUACUAUUGACCAAUAUAGACAGGGAACACUCCGCCAUAAUUAUAAAGUUAAUCUUCAUAAUACUAGACACAAUCUCUAAGUGUCUUAACCAAACUUUACAUGUUAACUAUACAAUUAACGUAUGAACUCAAAACUAUAUUUAGUGGUCAAACAACAUAUCUAGUAUUUUGCAGAAACAGACCAAACGAUAAAAAAUAGAAACUGUCUAUUCAGAUGGUAGUAGCACACAAUAUGCUGCAAUGUAAAUGGCAAAAUGCCAUUGAUAAUGAAUCCUAUAUACAGGAAGAAAGAUUUAAGUCCCAAAAAUACCAUACAGAUAUUAAGAGAGAUGAUUUUACAGAAACAUUGAAAGAACCAAGUGUUCAUUAAGUCCUUUUGGAGUCACUGUAUCUAGAUGAUAGAUCCAGUAGGCUUCGCGUUGAAGUAAUAGCUUAGAUCUGUCACCUCCUCUCGGUGGAACUGGAACAUGGUCAAUAGCUGUGAAACGAAGAGUAGGCAAAUGGUGUUGUGCUAUUAAAAAAUGUUUAGCCACUGGUUUGUCAGUUCUUUGAUCUCUGAAGGCAGUUGUAAUCCCAGACCGAUGUCCCCUAAUCCGAUCCCUUAAAGUCAUGUCAGUUUUCCCGACAUAAGACAGUCCACACGGAUAUGUGAUCAUGUAUACCACGUGUGUGGUCAUACAUGAAAUGUAAUGGUUAAUAGGGAUUCUCUUCCCACUAUGUGGAUGAACAAAUGUAGCUCCGGUUAGCAUAUGGCUGCAUGUGACGCAGCCACUGCAUCUAUAACAACCCUUUUUUUGGAUUUUGGGCAUCUUAGCAUAGCACUGUCGAGGAUCAUUUUUCACCAAUAGAUCCCUAAGGUUGAGAUUACGUCUGUAACUGAUGAUAGGAUUGGUUUUGAAUCUAUCAGAAAGAUUCUGAUCUACCUGAAACAUGUUCCAAUGUUUGUAUAUACAUUUUUUAAGGAACGGAGUUGCCGUGUUGAAUGUAAGUGGAAGAAAGAUAUUAUUCUUUUUCCUGGGAUUCAUGAUGUUGGUUUGAUUGAAUUUAUUCCAAGCAUUCUUUUUAGCCUUUUCAAGAGUCCUAGGGUGAAAGCCUCUUGCCAGAAAGCGAUCCCAGACCUCUUGAAGCUGAUGUUCGCGGUUGACUGGGUUGCUGUUAUAUCUCAUAACCCGAAGGAAUUGUGAGAUAGGUAGUGAGUCCUUAACAUGCUGAGGGUGAAAGCUGGUCGCAGAUAAUAAAGUGUUCCGAUCUGUAGCUUUUCUAAACAGAGUAAAGCCCAGGUGGUUUUCGUCUCUGUACAGCUUGACAUCAAGAAAUUCAAUGCUAUGCUUGUUCCAAUUGAGUGUUAGCCUUACUGGAAUAGGUAACAUAUUAGUCUGCUGAACCAUAUUUUCAAGAGCUGUUAUAGUACCUUCCCAUAUUAUAAAGAUGUCGUCCACAAAUCUAGCAUAUUUUAUUAUGUGUGAUUGAUAUGCAUGUAAAAUAUAUUUCUGUUCAAACCAAUACAUGAAGCCAUUGGCAUAGGCUGGUGCCAUGGCUGCACCCAUGGCAGUCCCGGAAGUUUGUAAGUAGAAUGUAUCCUCAAAUUUAAAAUAAUUACACGAUAAAGCAAUAUCCAACCAUUCCAUAAGAUAUGGGAUAUAAGGACCCUUGUACAUAUCAUCAUUGGCCAAGAUCUCAGCAAUGGCUUCAAUGCCUUCUUUCUUAGGUAUUAUAGUAUAGAGGCUUUGGACGUCCAUGGUAGCCAAAAUAAUUUCUUUAUCCCUGAGGUCAAUGUUCUGUAUCUGACUGAUGAAAUGUUGUGUAUCAUUUAAACAUGUUGGUGGUUUUCUUAUACUGCUAUUAAUAUAAUGAUCAACAAAUUGGGCUAUCGGCUCAAUUAAUCCACCUUUCGCGGACACAAUUGGACGACCUGGUGGUCGUUCUAGGUCCUUAUGUAUUUUUGGUAACGUGUACAUAACCGGAUGUUUGGGGUACUUAACAAAUAGAAAUUUAGCAGUGUUUUCAUCGAGAUACCGAUGCAAUAGUCCUUCAUCAAUACGUUUUUCAAUCUUCUUCUGAAAUUUUGCAACUGGGUCAAAGGUGAGUUUUAGAUACGUAAAGGUAUCAGACAGCUGACGUAUGAUUUCUUUCCUAUAAUCCUCAUAUGUUUGUAUGACAAUGGCACCGCCCUUGUCGGCUGGCCGGAUUAUAAUGGUGGGAUCUUGAAUCAAAUCCUUUAGUGCUGCAUGUUCAUCUUUAGAGAGAUUAUCUCUAUAGUCAGGUGGUGUUGUCACAAUGGGGCUUAUCUCAUGUCGUAAGACCUGCAUGAAGGUCCUAAUCGAAGGGUUAGGUGUAAAAAUAUCUUUUUUAUUGCGAUUCGGAAAAAUAUGUGUCUUAGUGGGGUUAUCAUCCUUCCUUAUUUCAUUACUGUAUAGCGUUCUUUGUAAUUUAUACAGAUCAAUGGCCAUAUCAAAUUUCCUAGGUUUAGCGACCGGUAUAAACGUAAGUCCUUUUUGUAAGAGCGAGAUGUGGUUAUGGUCCAAAAUCUUAUUUGAGAGGUUAAAUAUAGAUGUUAUCUCCGUUGUCUGGGAGGUUUUCCCAUGGCUCCUAUAUUUCUUGUGACCCUUUUGUCCACGUCUAAGGUGUCUCUUAUAUCUCUUCGAUUUUGUUCGCUGAUAUUGGUUGAACGUGGCGGAUCGUUUGGAUGUACUCCAUCCUUUAAAAAAGGAACCAGUUUUUCCGCUUGAGACUAAGCCCUCUUUUCCCCGUCUGAGGCUGAUUCACCUGAACUAAUGUCCACUGUUUGUAAAGCAGGCUUUCUUAUGCGUGUCCUAAACCUAGGAACAGGGCUACGUGUAUCUGAUCCACUUAACCAGCAGUAAACCUGAUGAAAUUUGUAAUCAUGAUUUACCUUCUCAAUCUUGACUUUUUUUAAACGAAUUAAUUCAUUUUGAUAUUUUUGUAUUUCAUCCUGAAGUUUCAGCAUAAAUUCAGUAGAUGGCGUAGCUUGUAAAGCUGUAACAUGAGUAAGUUCAAAUUCCUGUAUUGAUUUUUUUAACUUGGAGUAAUUCUGUCCCAACUUCUUCAAUUACUAUUACCAUCCAGUCCAAGGAGCAUUUAUUAGAAAUAUUCAUCCAUUUCUUACAGAAAUUAGGAUUCUGUCUUCCUAUAGUUGGCGCAUUUUUUAUGCGAAAGCCCCUUGGUAUCCGUUUGGAUCUGUAGUAGUCGGACAGAAAAACACCAUGCAAGUCCAGAUCCACUUCUCUUUUUUUCAAUCUAGAUAGAUCGUUAUACAGGUCUUUUGCUGUGUGUAUGUGGGGUAGGUCUUGCGAGCUACGUGGCCAUAAUACCGAGAGUGCUUGUUCCUCCGAAAUAGACAAAGUUUCCGCUGUUUCUGCUAAUGCUCCAGCUUGGUUUAGGAAAUCCUCCAUAGUAAAUGGAUCCUGAUGGCGCUGAAAAUCACUAUUUAGGCGAUAAGCCUUUUAUAUAGUAUGGGGGUGCUCAUGCAAGUGCCACGCUAGCACUUUCCAAAUACACAGUAAAAUAAUAGAUAGGCAAGGCACUCCUCCUCGAGCUUAUUUAAGCAGAUUCAAAAAUUGCCUAGGUGCAAUCCCGCGUAAAAUAUACAAUAAAGAAUAAAGGGAGCACACUAGGACUACUUCUGAGUGGCAAAAAAUGGUAUUUACUGUAUUAUGAAAUAAUACAUGUCCUGUGCAGAAUACAGAAAAUCGACGUUUCGACCCUCCUGGGGUCUUUAUCAAGAUCACAGUGAUACAUUACUAUCUACAACAAUAUAUACAUGUAGGCGGGCUGAGGAACCCGCAAGUGAGAGACCCACGUGAGAGCGUGCAUGUGACGUGCGUGAACGUGCAUGUGACCGGGUUGCCGAGCAACCUUAUAUACGUAUGUGUGUAUAUAUCUAUAUAAUUUUUUAAAAAUAUUUUUAUUUAUAUAUAGGUAUGUAUGUAUGUGUGUGUGUGUGUGUGUGUGUAUAUAUAAAUAUAUAUAUAUAGAUAUAUAUAUAUAUAUAUAUAUAUAUAUAUAUAUAUAUAUAGAUAGAUAUAUAUAGUGAUAUAUACGUAUAUAGAUAUAUAUAUAUAUAUUAUUUUGCUCUACGUGUAUUUUGAUAUAUAUAUAUAUUUGUCCUAAUGUUUCAAAUACCCCACCUCCAAUAGUCUGUAAGCUCGUUUGAGCAGGGUCCUCUUCAACCUAUUGUUCCUGUAAGUUUUCUUGUAAUUGUCCUAUUUAUUGUUACACCCCCCCUCUCAAAAUAUUGUAAAGCGCUACGGAAUCUGUUGGCGCUAUAUAAAUGGCAAUAAUAAUAAUAAUAUAUAUAUAUAUAUAUAUAUAUAUAUAUAUAUAUAUAUUUAUUUCACAAUACAGUUAGAACGAAAUAACACACAUCUAUAUAUUUUUUAAUUUUUAAUGUAUUUACAUUUUUUUUUAUUAUAUAUAUAUAUAUAUAUAUAUAUAUAUAUAUAUAUAUAUAACAAUAAUUUUAUAUAUAUAUAUAUUUAAUCAGUAUCAGUCUACGUGUAAUUUGAUAAUAUAUAUAUAAUUAUAUAUAUUAAUAGUAAAAUACACCUAGACAGUGUACCUGUGUGUGUGUAUAUGUAUAUGUGUAUAUAUAUAUAUAUAUAUAUAUAUAUAUGAUCUAAGUAUAUAUUAAUUUUUUUUUUACACUUUUUAAUUUAUUUAAUUUUAUUUUCAGCCAGCAGGGGGACCACCUGUCAUUACAGGCAGCCCCCCUGCUGGCAAUGCAGGAGGCAGCUACCCCCGGCCAUGUGAUUGUGGGGUCCUCGCAAGGACCCCACUCUCACAUGGCCGGGGGCAGUGGUGUAUCCUGGUUUUGUGCUGCCCUAGGCAGGACAAAACUCAGGCGCCCCCCCAGCCCCCCCCACCCAACCCCUUCCCCCACCUUCUAAAGUCACACAAACACACACACAGUCAGACACAAACACACACACACAGUCAGACACAAACACACACACACAGUCAGACACACAACACACACACAGUCAGACACAAACACACACAGUCAGACACAAACACACACACAGUCAGACACAAACACACACACACACAGUCAGACACAAACACACACACACACACACACACAGUCAAACACACACACACACACACAGUCAAACACAAACACAGUCAGACACAAACACACACACACACACAGACACAAACACAGUCAGACACAUACACACACACAGUCAGACACAUACACACAGACACAUACACAGACACAAACACAGUCAGACACAAACACACACACUCACAAACACACAAACACAGUCAGACACAAACACACACAGACAAACACACACACAGUCAGACACAUACACACACACAGUCAGACACAAACACACACACACUCACAAACACAGUCAGACACAAACACACAUUAACUUUUUUUUUAUUAUUUAAAUCCCCCCCCCAACCUCCUUACCUUUUGGGAGUGCUGUGGGGGGGGGGGUCUCUCUCCCUGGUGGUCGAGUGGCUGCAGGUCGGGCAUGUGGAGCUGGCAGGCGGGCGGCUGGCGAGGGAGCACUUCCUAUGAGCUGUGUGCUCAGCUCCCUCGCGCGCCGGCUGCAGAGUGAGGCUGGGAGCCGGAAGAUGACGUCAUCUUCCGGCUCCCAGCCUCACUCUGCUGCGCGAGGGAGCUAGCACACAGCUCAUAGGAAGUGCUCCCUCGCCAGCCGCCCGCCUGCCAGCGCCGCCCGCCUGCCAGCGCCGCCCGCCCGCUCGGGAUGUCAGUUAGCCGCGAGGCUAACUAGGCAUUUGGGGGGCGGCGUUUUUUGCCGCCCCCUGAAAAAUGCCGCCCAAGGCAAAUGCCUUGUUUGCCUCGCGGCUAAUACGCCCCUGGCCGGGGGGCUUCCAGGACGUCGGACGUGCCGCGGGGGGCUCCCUGGUAGUCCCCUCCCCCAACCGCGAUCGCCGGCAUGGGAUCGCCGGCGACCGGGUAAGUAGGAAAAGACCGGAGGGCGUACUAUUACGCCCGGCGGAGUUUAGAGCCGCUUAGAAUAGGGCGUAAUAGUACGCCCUCCGGUCUUAAGGGGUUAAACUAGCUGAAAUAUUAACCCAUCCCUCUUCCCUGGUAAAGCAUAUAUCACUUACUUAAAGGACCACUAUAGUGGUCUGUGGGUUUCCCCCGACCUUCAGGCACCCUCUCCCGCCGGGCUCUGGAGAGAGGAAGGGGUUAAAAUCUUACCUUUCUCCAGCGCCAGGCAGGGAGCUUUCCUCCUCCUCUCCUCCUUCCUAGUGACGUCAUCGGCUUAAUGCGCAUGCGCAGCAGGAGCCACGCGCGCACUCAGCCAGUUCAUAAGAAAGCAUUUACAAUGCUUUCCUAUGGACACUGGCGUCUUCUCACUGUGAUUUUCACAGUGAGAGGCUCUAGAGGCUGGAUUAACCCUCAGUGUAAAUAUAGCAGUUUCUCUGAAACUGCUAUGUUUAUUUAAAAAAAAAAAAAAAAUGGUUAACCCUAGCUGAACCAGGCACCCAGACCACUUCAUUAAGCUGAAGUGGUCUGGGUGCCUAAAGUGAUUCUUUAAUCCCACCUUGAUCGCAUGCAAUACAAUAUAUUUUCAUGCCAAACUCCUUCAAAAUGCUUGGAAAGGGUUGCAAUGAACAUUUGAUCAAUAUCUUGGCAAUCUUGAUAGUACAGUGGAUGAACCCAAAUGCCUCUACCUCAAAAUGCUCCACUGCAAUCAAUGUAUGAGCAUCUUGGACGUAAAAACCCAAGGGAGGAGUACAGAAUAUUUGAUAGAGUCCUAACCUCAACAUAUGAGGAAAGGGAUUUAGGGGUGAUUAUUUCUGAUGACUUAAAGGUAGGCAGACAAUGUAAUAGAGCAGCAGGAAAUGCUAGCAGAAUGCUUGGUUGUAUAGGGAGAGGUAUUAGCAGUAGAAAGAGGGAAGUGCUCAUGCCAUUGUACAGAACACUGGUGAGACCACACUUGGAGUAUUGUACACAGUACUGGAGACCGUAUCUUCAGAAGGAUAUUGAUACCUUAGAGAGGGUUCAGAGAAGGGCUACUAAACUGGUUCAUGGAUUGCGGGAUAAAACUUACCAGGAAAGGUUAAAGGAUCUUAACAUGUAUAGCUUGGAGGAAAGACGAGACAGGGGGGAUAUGAUAGAAACAUUUAAAUAUAUAAAGGGAAUCAACACAGUAAAGGAGGAGACUAUAUUUAAAAGAAGAAAAACUACCACAACAAGAGGACAUAGUCUUAAAUUAGAGGGACAAAGGUUUAAAAAUAAUAUCAGGAAGUAUUACUUUACUGAGAGGGUAGUGGAUGCAUGGAAUAGCCUUGCAGCUGAAGUGGUAGAGGUGGAGUUUAAGCAUGCGUGGGAUAGGCAUAAGGCUAUCCUAACUAUAAGAUAAGACUAGGGACUAAUGAAAGUAUUUAGAAAAUUGGGCAGACUAGAUGGGCCGAAUGGUUCUUAUCUGCCGUCACAUUCUAUGUUUCUAUGAUAUGUGUGAUUUAUCAGGUUGAGAAAAUCGAUUUUACCUCUCGUAUACUUUUUUGUGUUUGUUCUGUUCUUACUUUUUCAAUUGAAUUUUUUCCCAUCACCUCCAUUUCCUAUACAUUCUGUGUUUUUUCCAUUUUUCUCCCUAUAGGUUGCAGAACUGUUCACAGAUAACUUUGAUUAUCAGACAAGGGACGAUUUUGUCCGUGGCAUUUUAGUAAAUGAAGAGGUGAGGCAUCUGUACUAGUAUAUUAAAAGAUGUGCCCUUUUCUGUGCUCUGAUUACAUUUGUAAUUAUCUUUAUGUCUGUGUGUAGAUCUUAGGAAAUCAGAUCCACCUUCAUGUAACCCAAGAAGAGUAUGGUGCCCGGGUAUCCAACCUGCUGAUGUAUGAAGCUGUGACCUUAGAUAUCCUUUGCCGCUGGCUCUACCCUCUUACCCCAGAAACAAAUUUCACUGACCAAGAGUCCCAGUGUUGUACACACGCCCGUCAUAAUAUAUACCGAGGGUCAGAGGUUAGCCGAGGCCAUGGUAGCACUCUGCGAGAAAAUGUGCUGAUUGGGAGCAAUACCACUAUUGGAGCAAACUGCAACAUCAGCAACACUAGCAUUGGAAGAAAAUGCAGUAUCGGUAAGAGGGAAGUGAGAGUAUAAUGAUUGGCUAGUGAAGCAGAGAGUGAGCAGUAAAAGUGAGUAGCAAUCAGAGUGGAAAGUGAAGAACUCAGAUUUGUUUAAUGUAUGUCAUUACAACAUUGGUUUAAUGUACACUUGUGCAAAAAAAUCAUUUCGGCCUUAAAUGAAACUUUUAAUCCACAACAGAACAAAUCUGCUUGUUCAGGGAAUCAUUUAUGUGAACACAUUGAUUAGUUUGUGUGUGGAUUAAAAGGUUUUGUUUUGGUUGAAUUUAUUCAAUUCAUUUUGUAAAAUUAUAUAAAUAAAAUACAGACCCAUGUUUUCUGUUGCCUCUGUUUAUUCUCAACAAAUUGCUAUUUAGUGAAUAUACCUCUGAAUUAGUUAGUCUUAUGGAAAAUAAUGAGGAUGUGCUUAAGAAUGCAAUGGAUUAAGCAUUGUAAAGCCAUAUUUAUUUUUUAAAUUGUUUUUUUUUUUAAAGAAUUCAGGCACCCACACAUCUCGUGCAGAAUGCAGUUUAGAUGAAACACUAGUAUUCAGCCUACAAAUUAUCUAGUGGAACUUUGUCAACAAAUUACUACACAAAAAAGUACACGUGUUGGCAAGUUCCUAGUAAGAGUCUCCUUUUGCUCUUUCUGACAGGUGACAGAGUUACUUUGGAGAAUGUGUACAUCUGGGAUGGGGUUCACAUUGAAGAUGAUGUCACUAUCAAAACGUCAAUCAUUUGCGACAAUGUGAUUGUAAAAAAAAGGGUGCAGAUAAAUGCCAACUGUGUCCUAACUUCUAAGGUAAUGGAAUGAGCAUGUGGAUGUGAAGGUAGCAGUCUAUAGUUAAACCAAACUUCACCAGGUUCUCAAAGUUAACUUAUAUUUCAAUCUUGCCUUCAGGUGGUUGUGGGCCCAGAUCUGCAGAUCCUAGAGAGUACAGUAAUUUCUUUACAUCAUCCAGAUGAGGAUGAAGAGGAUGAGGAUGAAUUUAGUGACGAUGCAGAACAUGGAAAACUAAAAGAGAUUUCAAAGGUCAAAGGUAAUAAAGCUGCCAUUGAGUUAAGGCCUGCAUAAUGUUCUAUAUGAGUCUUUACCAAACCUGGAAAGCUGACUUCAAACAAUUUAC